GUUGCUCGGCCGGCCGGUCGGUCCGUCAGGCGGCCGUGUUAAUCGCAUCGCACCGCACCUCACCGGUCAUUCCCCCUCGUCCUCUCGUGCUGGUAUUUACGCCGCGCCGGGCAGGGUGUUCCCCGCGCGAGCCGCUUUGCGGAAAGCGUACCGCCACCACCCCUGCCGCCCCCCUGCCAAGUGCUAACCACCUUAAAGCAGGCGGCUUUGCCACUAAAACCCCGUCAAAUACUCCACCCAGCGGCCACGAAUCAUUAGCAUCGCGCACGCACGGACGGGCGCGGCAAAGAAAGGCAGAGAGAGUGCGCGAGCUUGCCGGCGCUGGCUAUCAUGGCGAGGGCCUUUCGCGCGGCAUCCCCGCUGCCCCUCCCCUCUUCCAGCUCCAGGAGCGCCACCGCACCGAGCGGCGGCGGUGGCAGCGGGAGCUUCACCUGGCUGCUCAAGAAGCGCUCCAGCAAGGCGCCGCAGCGCAGCGGGCCGAGCGGCCAGGAGGCGGAGGACGAGGGAGACGAGGAGGAGGCUGGAGCGGCCGCUCUGUCCACCGCGCAGUCGUCUUCCACCGACGAGCAGUCCUCCUCCUCCUCCUCCUCGUCCUCGUCGUCGAGGAAGAAGCGCGCGGACGCGCUGGCGCGUCUGCGGUCGGUGUUCCUGGCGGCGAUCACGCACCGGCGCCGGCGCCGGCAGCUCGGGUCGUGCGUCACGGGCACCAUCUUCGGGCGGCGGCGCGGGCGCGUGCACGUAGCGCUGCAGACGGACCCGCGAUCGGCGCCAGUGCUGCUGGUGGAGAUGGCCGCCUACUCCACCGGCGCGCUCGUCAGGGUGUCCUCGGGCCUCGUGCGCCUCGCGCUCGAGUGCGAGAAGCCGCCGCUCAACGCAGGGGAGAAGCGGCGGCCGCUGCUGGAGGAGCCGACGUGGCGCGCGUACUGCAACGGGCUCAAGUGCGGCUACGCGGUGCACCGCGAGUGCGGCGCCGACGAGUGGCGCGUGCUGGGCGCCGUGGAGCAGGUGUCCGUCGGCGCCGGCGUGCUCCCGGACGACGGUGCCGCAGGCGGCGCCGGCGAGGGCGAUCUGAUGUACAUGCGCGCCAAGUUCGAGCGGGUCGUCGGAUCGAGGGACUCGGAGGCGUUCUACAUGAUGAACCCCGACGGCAGCGGAGGGCCCGAGCUCAGCAUCUACCUGCUCAGAGUCUGACGGCCGGUCGAGCAAAAAAUUCUUCCUGUAUGGACUUUGUACACGUCCUUGUGCAUGCAUAUGUUUUUUUUCUUUCUUUCUCUUGGGUUCCAUGUAUUCCGGUGCAGGAAUUAAUUGGCUGGCCUUGUACAGUAUGUAGUA